ACAGCUAUUCUAACGUUCAACAUUAUCUUGUUAUCAUUUCGUGAUGGCGGUUCCAAAGGACAUGUGUGACAUCGACAGGAGGUUUCCUGACGACCUGAUCGACUUCAUUUUAGAGUACAUACCCUCCGCCCAUGCACCAGCUGCAUCGCCAUCUGCCGUGAUCCAGGACCUGGCUCCAGCUGCGCCAGCUGCGUCGCUAGCCUCCCCCCUCGCGGCGCCCGACGGAGCCGUAGUAGUGCGACUAGGUGGCGUGCCCUCGGCAACGAGCGUGGCCGGGGAGCAGACUCCCCGGCAGGCGCGUCAGCAGAAGUGCCAAGAGGAGGAGAGGCAGGGCGCGAGGCCAGGCGGCCGAAGCAGUCGGCAACGCCGAAGAGAGGCCAAGCGCAAGCUGCACGAGGUGGACGAGCCCUUUGAGGACGAGGAGCAGGAGAGGAAGCGGCUGAACGCCAUCAACGCCAAGAAGCACCGAGACAUGAAGAAGCAGCAGCUAAGGGCACUGGAGAGCCAGCUGGAGGCCGAGCAGCGGGAGACGGCGGCUGUGGAGAGCAAGAAAAAAGCUCUGGAGAACGAGGUGGAGAACGAGCAACUGAAAGCCAAAGUGGAAGCCUUCGAGACGCAGGCGGUGAAGGCGCAGCCAGCACCCAUUGUGUGGAACUUCAUCGACGACUUUUCCAUCUGAGGAGUGGGUGCCGAGGGCAGCCAGGGCCCCAAGGAGGAACGUGAGGGCGGUGGCAUCGCCCGAGUGUGAAGCGCGGCGUGUGGGCCGAGGAACGGGCCUUCGCUGACGCCGACGAGAUCGCCUAGAACAGCAAGGUGUUAUGUACCUAGCUUAUGCGGACGUCGCAGGUGGCUGCGGCUGAUCCAGGAGGAGACGGCAGCUGAAUUCGAUGAAGGAUCCAGCUGUGAAGGAGACACGACUGCUGGACCUGUGCUAAUCCAGCUGUACAAACACCCCCCUACAGCAGGGUGUUCUUAACCCAGCUGUUGUACACUUAAAUUCCACACUUGCCAUUGCUCAGACACAAACACUAGGCUGCACAUGCUUUGCAGUUUCCUUGCAGUUGCACAUUCGAUCAUCGCUGUGCUCACGUGCUGUUUCUUUCCAGAUGGUGGGUCGGCGAGACGACUCGGCGCGAACGGCGAUGAGUCGGCUCUCCCCUCAGCUCCCCUCUUGGCAUCGCGUCUCGCCUCUUCGUUCUCUUCUCUCCUCCUUCUCUUCGUUCUCUUCCCUUCUCCCUUCUCCCCUUCCUC